AUGACAGACGUAGAGAAUGCGCUAUCCGUAGCAGGACGAGGAGAGCUUAGGCGCUUCAUUGCAGCUACAAAAAAUGCAUACAUUGAAGCAAUUCCGAAAGUCGAACUCCAUGUCCACAUAGAAGGAAUCAUAAGUGCAGACUUAAAAUGGAAGUUCUCACAACGAAAUGGCCAAACAAUCAUGAAUCCUCGAACCAAUCAACCAUUCCGUUCACUUGCUGAGUUACGAGACUCUCACGACACGUUGAAGCCGCGUACGGGGAACCGCAUGGACAACAAUGAAGAGACUCUGUCCUUUUUCGAGGCCUAUUACGGUGGCUUUGAGGUUCUCAAAACACAGCAGGAUUACUACGAUCUUGCUAUGGAUUACUAUGAACAUGCCGCGGCGACGAAGGUGCGAUAUGCCGAGAUUUUCUUUGAUCCUCAGGGACAUACGCGCGUUGGGACGAGUUGGGAGAUGAUGAUGGAGGGCUUUCGAGAAGCGCAGCGGAAAGCUGAACAGGACCUCAACGUGAAAUCUGCUUGGAUCAUGUGCUUCCUCCGGGACGAAUCACCAGAGUCCGCAAUGGAACACUAUGACGCGGCACUGAAAUACCGCGAUAUGAUAGUGGGGAUUGGCCUCGACUCGAACGAAGUCGAUAGACCACCAUCACUAUUUGAUGAAGUCUUCGUUCGAGCAAGGAAUGAUGGUUUUCGUCUUACGGCGCACUGCGACGUUGGCAAGCCUUAUCCUCUCGAACAUAUCCAUCAGGUGGCGUCGAGCAUCGCAGGUACAGGUGCCGACAGAAUUGACCAUGGACUAAAUGCUGCUGGAGAUGCAAUUCUCAUGGGUCUUAUCAAAGAAAAGAACCUCGGCAUGACAAUAUGCCCUUGGUCGUAUAUUCGUCACCAACCAUUGGAUGAGGUGUUCGAACGCAUUCGAGCUCUCUUCGACGCUGGUAUCAUGAUCUCUAUCGCGAGCGACGACCCAGCGUUUAUGGAGGAUACAUGGGUGCUGGAAAACUUGCUCGUGGUAAAGAGAUACUGCAGCUUCACGAACGUGGAGAUUCAAAGGUUGACAGAGAAUGCCAUAAAGAUGUGCUGGACUUCUGAAGAUGCAAAAGGGCAAAUGUUGCAGGAGCUGUACAGUAUCGAUCCAGGAAAAUAG